GGGGCUGGCGAGCGCGGGGAGGGGGCCGAGAGGGCGGCAAAGCCGGCGCGCGCCUAGCUGGGGGCGGAGGGAGGGGGCCCACGGGCCGGAACAGCCGUGGCAAGUGGCGGCGGCAGCGGCAGAGGCAGCUGAGGCAGCGGCGGCGAGCGGGGGUCCGCGCGGCGGCGGCGGCGGCGGCGGCGGCGGCGCGGGCCGAGGAGCCGGGCGCGAUGGAGCGGAAGAGCCCGAGCGGGAAGAAGUUCCGGAGCAAGCCACAGCUGGCGCGGUACCUGGGGGGCUCCAUGGACCUGAGCACCUUUGACUUCCGCACAGGCAAGAUGCUGAUGAGCAAGAUGAACAAGAGCCGGCAGAGGGUGCGGUACGACUCCCCCAACCCGGUCAAGGGCAAACCCGACCUGAACACGGCCCUCCCGGUCAGGCAGACCGCGUCCAUCUUCAAGCAGCCAGUGACCAAGAUCACCAACCAUCCCAGCAACAAGGUGAAGAGCGACCCCCAGAAGGCCGUGGAACAGCCCCGGCAGCUCUUCUGGGAGAAGAAGCUGAGCGGCUUGAAUGCCUUCGACAUUGCAGAGGAGCUGGUGAAAACCAUGGACCUCCCCAAGGGUUUGCAAGGCGUGGGGCCCGGCUGCACGGAUGAGACGUUGCUCUCGGCUAUCGCCAGUGCCCUGCACACCAGCACCAUGCCCAUCACCGGGCAGCUCUCGGCCGCCGUGGAGAAGAACCCCGGGGUCUGGCUCAACACAGCCCAGCCGCUCUGCAAGGCCUUCAUGGUGACUGACGAGGACAUCAGGAAGCAGGAGGAGCUGGUGCAGCAGGUCCGCAAGCGGCUGGAGGAGGCACUGAUGGCCGACAUGCUGGCCCAUGUGGAGGAGCUGGCCCGGGACGGGGAGGCGCCGCUGGAUAAGGUGGGCGCCGACGAGGAGGAGGAGGAGGAGGAGGAGGAGGAGGAGGAGCCGGACCAGGACCAGGAGAUGGAGCACGUCUAGAGCAGAGCCUGCCCCGCCCUGCCCUGCCCGCGUUGGGCCGCCUGCAGGCGCGGCCCUCCCGAGCUGGGACCAGGCUCGCUGGCCCGGCGCCUCCUUGCCCUGCCCAGGCGUGCCCUCCCCGCCAGGCCUCGGGGGCGCGGCUGAAGGACGGUCUCGCACCUGCCGGGCCCCUACGGCUGUGUUACUCUGAAGGGGCCAGGUCUGUAGGCACCAGUUGCUCCGCACCAGGCUCAGGCCAGCCUGGUCCCCGCAGCCACUGCCACCGGGCAGCCUGCGAGGUUCCCCGUGGGCCUGGGGAAGCAUUUUCUGGAACGGUCUCACUUCCGAUCUGUGCACGUGAUGGAUGAUACUCCGGACCACGUGUCCACCCUUCAGGAGAGGGUGCAGGAUGGCUCUCCAGUGCCCCGAGCUGGGCAGAGCCAUGGCGACUCGGAGAGUACCCGAAAGCAAACGGCACAACCCAGACGUUUUCCUUCAAUAAACCCGUGGUACAAACGAGGCUGGACGUCCACGUGGCUGCUUAAGCUUCUGUGUUUGCUGCACAUGGACAGGACCUUGGCCUUUGAGCCUGAAAAUCUCACUGUCUGCAGCCAGACUGGCCCUGCCUGAGGGUCAGUGCCCUGGAUGAACUGCUUAUGGCCGGGAGCACUGGUGGCCGGACUCACUGGGCCAGGGCUCCGAGGCAGUGCUGCUGUCCACCAGCCUCCAAGCCUCAGUUUUGCCUGGGAGGGCAGGACCAAUGACGCCCAGCUGGUGGGCUUGGGGCCUCGUGCUGCCUGGGGCCCAGGCAAUAGCCUCCGAGGAACGUUGGGCUGGGAGGCCAUCGGGGAUGUGCUGUUGACCCCCACCUCCAGCGCCAAGUGCCCCUGGUGAGGGGGGUGUCCACUGCUCUGAGUGGAGCCUGGGCCAGCACCCUCCCCUCGGUCCCAGGAUGCCGUUGGGGUGGCCCUGGCACUCCGUUGGCCCAAAGACACGCCGUGGGCCAGUGCAUCCCCACUGCCCAGCAGCCCUGCAGCCGUACUGCUGGGAGGGGCCCAAGUCGCUGCCUCCUUUGACCAGACACCCUGUGCUGUGGUGGGCCUGCCAGGCAGGGUGACAGUGGGAGCCCCUUGGGGCUGUGGCUUGCCCCUCCCUCCAAGGACACUGGCCCGGGAGGUUGGGCUGACCGCAUCCUCCCAAAGUCAAAGCACAAAGCCCCAAGGACUGAGCACUGGUCUUUGGGGCUGCAGUACCCAUGCCAGGGCCGGGCUGCCACAACCCCAGGAAGGCCCCUCGGCCCAGGCUGCAGCACUGAGGGGAAGCCUGGUGGAGCCGCGGGAGGCCCGUGUGCAGUGCUGAAUAAAACACGUCCUGCAAUGUG